AUGGGUUAUGGGAUAACCGAUCAUGGUUUUGCAAAGGAGGAAAAUUAUGAUCGAAAAGCAGAACUCCAAGCUUUUGAUGACACUAAAGCAGGGGUCAAAGGACUAGCAGAUUCUGGUAUAACCAAAAUUCCCAGGAGAUUCAUUCAUCCAGCAGGUAACUUUCUGAAGAAAUCCAAAUCCAAGGAAUCAUUCCAAUAUGAUUUUCCAGUGAUUGAUCUUGACGGGAUCAGAAAAGGGCCAAUCAUGCGUAAGGAGCUAGUGAAAAAAGCCCGGGAAGCAUCCGAAAAGUGGGGAUUUUUCCAAGUGGUUAAUCAUGGAAUUCCUGUUAGUGUUUUGGAAGAAAUGAUAGCUGGAGUACAUAGAUUCUUUGAUCAAGAUUUUGAGGUUAGGAAAGAAUGGUACACAAGAGAUGCAACUAAAAGGGUUGUUUACAACUCCAAUUUUGAUCUGUUUAGUUCACCAGCUGCUAAUUGGAGGGAUACUGCGUAUUGUGUUAUGGCUCCAAAUCCACCAAAUCCAGAGGAAUUACCCCCUGUUUGCAGAGAUAUUAUGAUAAAGUUCUCACAAGAAGUAGCAAAACUGGGAUCAACUUUGUUUGAAAUACUAUCAGAAGCUCUUGGUCUGAAUCCGAACUACCUCAAUGACAUUGGUUGCUCUUUAGUAAUAAACAUAGGAGAUCUUCUCCAGCUUAUGUCAAAUGAUAAGUUUAUCAGUGUAGAGCAUAGAGUAUUGGCAAAUGAUGUUAGUGCAAGAGUAUCGGUGGCAAGCUUCUUCAGAAACUUCGAUGUAUCGCCAUCAGCAAAGGUAUAUGGUCCGAUUGAAGAUCUUCUGAGUGAUGAAAAUCCGGCGAAAUAUAGGGCAACAACUGUAAGAGAAUAUUUAAGCUUCUUCCACAACAAAGGGCUUGAUGGAACUUCAGCUUUGACACACUUCAGGCUCCAAUGA